AUGUCUAGUCUUCUCAAGCUCAACUCAAUCAAGCCAUUGUUCGAUCGUGUGCUCGUCCAGAGAGCAAAGGCUGCCUCGAAGACGGCAUCCGGUAUCUACAUCCCUGAGAAGAACCAGGACAAGUUGGCAUUCGGUACAGUGGUCGCAAACGGACCGGGCACCAAAAAUGACAAGGGCGAGUUGGUGCCAACCAUCGUGAAGAAAGGUGAUAAGGUGUUAUUGCCAAGCUUCGGUGGAUCCCCAGUCAAAAUUGACGGAGAGGAGUAUUUAUUGUUCAGCGACAAGGAGAUUCUUGCGAAGAUCGACGAAUUUGUGAAGGACUCUUUUACGGACUCGCGGGAGUCUACCAUCGGCGCAGCUUUUCUUACCCAGACCAUUCAGAUUGACGCUAAUACCACCGUCAAGUUUGAGAUAUGGGACACCGCGGGCCAGGAAAGAUACAGGUCACUCGCCUCCAUGUAUUACAGAAAUGCACAAGCAGCGCUGGUUGUUUAUGAUAUUACACAGGAAUCGUCGCUCGACAAGGCCAAGUACUGGAUCAAAGAGCUUCAGAAACAAGCAAGCUCGGGCAUUGUGAUCGCCCUGGUAGGAAAUAAACUGGAUCUGGAGGAGGAGCGAAAAAUCAGCAAAGAUGAAGCCCAGGCCUUUGCUAACGAACUGGGACUCAUGUAUGCGGAGGUCAGUGCCAAAACGGGGGAGAGGGUCAAGGAUUGCUUCAGAGACAUUGCCCUGAAACUGCCAUUAGAGGAAAAAUUGAGCCAGCAGGGCCAACGCAGAAGACGCACAGUAGACCUGAACCAGCGGCCUUCCACCAAUGAGCAGCAAUGUGCCUGCUAA